AUGGCCAACUUACACUUCUCAUGGUCCGACAGCAUCCAGGCAGCAUUCUCCUCAUGUCUGUUCUGCUUCACAUCCUCUGACGACCAUCACGACCACGAACACGACCGGGAACAAGAACAAUAUGGUGCGCGCCAGCGAAACGGGCUGAACUUCGUUGUCCCGCCUCCGCGCGCCAGGCCGGACGAGCUCGAGGGCCUCCUUGCUGGUUCGGACUCACCAGAUGCGGAGACCCUCUCGCUGCACUCAAACAUCGGAGACGAGCGUCGGCGCAAAAAGCGCCGCAAACCGCGCAAGGGCAUCUCGCUAUUCGGGUAUAACCUGUUCGGUCGACCGCCCAUACACCUCGACUCGGAGGACGAAGACGUAGGGAGCCGGAGAUCGAGGACAAUAUCCACUUCUACACUUGACUCGGACGCUGCGCCUCUUGACGCGUCUGCGCUGGACGAACGGGCGAUCGCGCAACUCGCCGCGGCGACUGCGGCUGCUGAGGAGGAGCAGAGGAGGGCGAAGGAGGAGCGGCGGAGGCUGAGGCGCGAGAGGAAAGAUCUGAAGCGGAUGGCUAUGGCUAUGGCUAUGGGGAUGCAACCACAUAACGGCGAAGGAGAGUUUGAGGGGUUCCCAGGAAGCGGGCCUGCGCCCGGUGUUCAGUCUAUCGGGCCCGGUUCUGGCUCUGUUUCGACAGGCUCUCCUUUCGAGGAGGAGUUUGGGCCAUUCGCCCAGGGCGACGAUACAGUUGAGGAAGAUGCUGACUUUGGUGCGGAGACGUAUGUUCGACGAGCUCCCAACGGCACCUCUGCUGGUGGAAGCGCAUCAGACUCUCAGUCCCGGACAUCCGCCUCCUUGUCAAAUGCGGAUUCUUCGCGCUACAAUCAUUAUUAUCUCUCCCAGACGUCCCCUCUACCUUCACCCGCUCUCCCGUCUGGUGCAGACGCACAAGGCACACCCAAGAAAAAGAAGAGGUCGAGGGGAAAGUCCCUGUCGUCGAAGCAGUCGGACGAGCGCUCCCACUCGACAUCCUCUCUCCUCACGUCGCAGUCCCCCUCCCUUCCUUCGCCGCCGCCUACCCAGACUGCCUUCGAACAGUCUGCCACCACCAUUUCUCCGAUCGUAGAAUCCGACAGCCAAUUCGAGGGCUUCCCAGGGGGGACUCUGGACCUCGCGCGCGAGCAGGCGAUCGCCCAGGAGACUUCGAAGGACUCCGGCAGUUUCCGAGUGUUGGCUGCGUGGUAUCCAGGGACGAAGAGCGACAUGGGCGUAUUUUUGGCGAACCGUGGUCACGCGUGA